CACUAUCUUUAAUUCUCUCUAUAUAAAAAACAAAACACCCAUGAAUUAAUGAAUAAACCAUAAUCAAAAUGGAAGAAACAACAAUCGUGUAUGUAUCUCUUUCAUUGAUCUUUCUCCUACUUUGUUCAAAAUUAUUAUUUCAAUCCAAAAAACACCCCCAAAACCUCCCCCCAUCCCCACCUUCACUCCCCAUAAUCGGCCACCUCCACCUCCUUAAAACUCCUAUCUACCGUUUCUACCACCGUCUUUCUCAAAAAUACGGCCCUGUCUUCUCCCUCCGCCUUGGAUCUCGGCUCUUUGUGGUGGUUUCGUCUUCAGCUGUUGCCGAGGAAUGCUUCACCGUAAACGACAUAGUUUUAGCCAACCGUCCCAAGUUGAUCGCAGGGAAGUACCUCGGCUACAACUACACCACAGUUUCCACCUCGUCUUACGGUGACCAUUGGCGCAACUUACGUCGCAUCGGCGCUAUUGAAAUCUUCUCCUCGAGUCGUCUCAACGCCUUUGCCGCUGUUCGGAAAGACGAGGCCCGGCGGUUGUUGGUGAGUUUGUCGCGUGAUUCGCGUCGGGAGUUUGUGAAAGUGAAGCUGAAAUCCAUGCUUAAUGACAUGACGUUUAAUAACAUAAUGAGGAUGGUUGCCGGGAAAAGGUAUUUUGGGGAAGAAGUGACGAAUGAAAAGGAAGCGAGGGAGUUCAGGGAGGUUAUAGAAGGGACGUUUAGGAACGGCGGUACGGGAAAUCGUGCGGAUUUCUUGCCGGUUUUGAAUUGGUUUGGAGGGUACGAAAAGAAGGUGAAAAAGAUUGGGAAAAAGUUGGAUGGAUUGCUGCAAAAGUUGGUCGAUGAGCAUCGAUGGAUGAAGCAGGAAAAUAACGGUAAUGGUAGUAUGGUAGAUCACCUUCUUAACUUGCAACAAUCUGAUCCUGAUUACUACACUGAUGAAAUCAUCAAAGGGCUUAUGCUGGUCCUAUUACUAGCAGGAUCUGAUACAACAUCAGUGACCCUAGAAUGGACAAUAACCAAUUUAUUGAACCACCCAGAGGUAUUGAAGAAGGCUCAAGCUGAAAUAGACACUGAAAUAGGGCAAGAAAAUUUGAUUGAUGAAAUAGACGUUUCAAAGUUAAAGUAUCUUCAAAGUAUUAUACUAGAGGCUCAAAGAUUAUACCCUGCAAUUCCUCUUCUACUUCCUCAUGUGGCAUCUAUUGAUUGCACUAUAGGCGGAUACAAUGUGCCGCGUGGCACAACCGUGUUAAUGAAUGCAUGGUCCAUUCAUAGGGACCCUCAAUUAUGGGAUGAUCCGACAAGUUUUAAGCCAGAAAGGUUUGAGAAUGAUGAUUCUCAGUCUCACAAGAUAAUGCCAUUUGGGUUAGGAAGGAGGGCAUGUCCAGGGUCAGGACUAGCUUUACGAGUAAUAGGGUUAACCCUUGGCUCAUUAAUUCAAUGUUUUGACUGGGAAAUGGUUGAUGGUAAGCAAAUUGAUAUGACUGAAGGUAUUGGAGGCACAAUGCCUAAAGCUCAUCCAUUGGAGGCUCUAUGCAAAGCUCGACCCAUUGUGGAUAAAGCUUUGAAACUUUUAUAAAUAACUCUUAUGUUGGGAUUUUGUGCCCUUAGUAUUGUAAUGUUUCGAACUUAUCGGUUUAAUAAAAUCUCAGAGUUAAUUAUCA